AAAACAUUAAUUGAGUAGCAUCAGUCUCGUGAAGUAUUUAAAGUAGUGAUAACAAGUUUUAUAGACUUAUUCUUUUAAAAUCUGUUGACCAAGUAGUUUUUCAACUAUUUAGUAUUGGAAGCUCAUGGAAGCAAAAACGUGUCGAUCUAGUGCUAUUUUAAUGAAUUAUAUAUAUUUUCAAAUUUAAGUGCCAAUAAACUUUGUAAAAAAAACAGUUUUCAAUUAAAUUAAAGAGAUAGUGCUCUACAUUGCUCUACAUAUUUGAUACAUUUUUCGACCUUAGUAACUGAAAUUUAAAUUACACUCCAAAAAUGAAUCGUUGGAACAAAUCGUUUGUAAGUUUAGUGGCGAUCGCUUCGUCGACAUCAAAUGGUUCAAACUCAUUAAUACCUACAGUCAUGCCUCAGAUACAGUCAUUAGUGCGCAAUAUUAAUACUUCAACAACCGGUUCCAAAGUAUCAGCUGAUAGUAAUAAAACAAAGCGUAUUUCAGAUGCUAAAAGAAUCAUACAAUCAUCUGAUAUUAUUUGCUUCGAUGUCGAUUCAACGGUUAUUGUUGAGGAAGGAAUUGAUGAAUUGGCAGAAUUUUGUGGAAAAGGUGAGGAAGUGUCAAAUUUGACAAAGGAAGCAAUGGGUGGAUCUAUGACUUUCCAAGAAGCUCUUCGUCGUCGAUUGGACAUUAUUAAGCCAACUCAAUCACAAAUUAGACAGUUUUUGAUAGAAAAGCCCAGUACAUUAUCUCCUCAUAUUAAGGAUUUUAUUGACUAUCUUCAUAGCAUGAACAAGAAGAUUUAUUUAAUUUCCGGAGGUUUUCAUUCUCUGAUUGAUCCGGUUUGUCAAGAACUUGGAAUUCCACUGACGAAUUUGUUUGCCAACAAGCUUCUUUUUGAUUAUAAUGGAAACUAUGCUGGAUUCGACACAAAUCAGCCAACCAGUCGAAGUGGUGGAAAAGGAGAUGCAAUUACUCAUAUUAGAAACUUUAACAAAAGUCAAUUAAUAUUAAACAAUCAACAAGUCAUUGUCAUGAUCGGAGAUGGAAUAACAGAUUUAGAAGCCUGUCCACCAGCCAAUUUCUUUAUCGGAUUUGGAGGUAAUCAAGUUCGUGAGAAAGUGCUAUUGAAUUCUCAAUAUUACGUGACAGAUUUUACACAACUCAUGUAAAUUCUAUUGGUCCAGAACCUUAUCUCAAUAUAUUUAAAACGAGAUGAUUGACUUCAUUACAUAAUAAAUUAUUAUAUUUCAUCAUUUGGACAAUUUCGGAAAAGAAUCGACAGCCUACAAAUGUAAAGUUUCAAUUAUAUUUAUUAUAUAAUAAAAUUUGGUGAUAAGAAAAUUAUUAUAUGAAAUCCAU